AUGAGCGCGGCCGAGGCCGACCGCUGGGCUUGGCUGCUGGUGCUCAGCUUCGUGUUUGGGUGCAAUGUACUCAGGAUCCUCCUCCCGUCCUUCUCCUCCUUCAUGUCCAGGGUGCUGCAGAAGGACGUGAAGCAGGAGUCACAGAUGCGAGCAGAGAUCCAGGGCAUGAAGCAGGAGCUGUCCACCGUCAGCAUGAUGGACGAGUUUGCCAGAUACGCCAGGCUGGAGAGGAAGAUCAACAAGAUGACUGAUAAGCUCAAGACUCACGUGAAAGCACGGACAGCUCAGUUGGCCAAGAUAAAAUGGGUUAUAAGCGUUGCUUUCUACAUAUUGCAAGCUGCCCUGAUGGUCACACUCAUCUGGACGUACUACUCUGUCCCUGUGGCCGUGGUGCCGAGUAGGUGGAUAACUCCACUAGACCGCCUGGUAGCAUUUCCCACUGGAGUGGCAGGUGGUGUUGGAAUUACCUGUUGGAUUUUAGUCUGUAACAAAGUUGUGGCCAUUGUGCUUCACCCUUUCAGCUGA